GGCAUGUUCUCGUGAUACAGAAUUGGGAUGCUAAAUCACACCAACUCAAAGAACCGUGCACUCACUCUUACAACUUCACAUCCAUCGCCAAAGGAAAGCGACGCCGGCUAUUUUCGAUAUCCGUUCGCAGCUCUUUAUGCCUGACCAUAAUCUUUCUCUGUGCCUAAUGAUGCAUCACCGCCUUCCCCUGCGCUCAAAGAGACGCAAACUCGUGUUUAGCGUCGACAGAAUGGGACGAGACAAGGGCGUCUGAAAGGGGCCAGCUCAUCGAUGGUUCCCCACCGCAAGCCGUCCAGCGUCACCGUCUGUCUUGAAAGUAUGACCCUGCAGCAGCAGACGCACGCAGCAGACUAGGCCACAGCUUGCUUGCCAUGGUCGAAAUCGCUCGCCUGGCAAGGUCCUUUGGCUGGCUUCAAAGAAUGAAGGUUCCGGCAUGGUGGGAUGAAUGGACCAUAGUCGCGACACACACGCCCAAAACCAUGCACAACUGUCGUUCAGUCAAGCAACGACCCCUGACGCUCUUCGGCAAGUCUGGGGCAAAGUACAACCACAGCCCUGCGCUGACAUCUGGGCCUAGGUCUAGGCCUGGGUUUAGUUAGGCUUGGGCAGUGGUGGCUUCGCAGCGAAGUGAGCAGUCGCACAGAUGCCUUACGCUGCAAUUCAUGGCAUCCAGCCCCUUCGCAGGGCGGUCCAGCUACAGCGUCAUCACGAAUCCCACGUCUUUAGUGUGGCUCAGGCUGCUAUGAGAGGGCCCAAAAUCAUGAAAGCCUAAACGUCAGAAGCUCAGCGCCUCCGCCGCCCGCUCCGCCCGUCCCCCCGUGUCGUCCCGCCGCGACUAAGAGCCACUAUCCACUCAGCCCACACACACUCUCCUGUCCAGUCACAAUCCAUAUCCACCAUUAUUGCGUUGGCUGCCCGUUUUAGGCUUUGGACCUCAUCUUUACCAUAGAUAUUAGCAGGGCGUUCAUCGCAGCUCCAUUUCCAAUGACAUUCUGAUGCCUCGGGUCUUUUUUGAUAUAUCUCACCCAGAAAAGUCUUACUCAUUUCAUCAGCGAUAAUUCCAUAUCUUUGAAAGCUCUAUGAUGCAGUGAUAUUCAUUGCGCCUCCGGCUUCGUUCCCCGCGACUUCGACCGCUUGUUCAAGACCCGCUCUUCACCGACCGUUGCAUUAUUAUCCCAACCUCCUCGGGCGAUAUACCGACCACAGCAACGGUUUUUCUUUGCUUUCUCUUGAAUGAGUCAAGCAAACAUUUCAUUCAUCCUGUUACUCACUUCAAAAACCCUCUUUUUCAAUUGAUAAGUUGGUUGUGCUUGUGUGGUUACUUGGCGGGCUUUCACCCUGUUGUGGUUUCGCUGGCUUGCAUAUUCUACCUAUUUUUCCUAUUUUAUACGUUUCCCACCUGCGCGGCUAUUAUUUAUCCAUAUGCAUCUCCAGGUUUUGUUUUUAUAACAGGCAAAAGUUGUGAAACGAUACAGAGCGUGGUGUAUGCAGUAUCACAAGUAUCGACUUACAAUUGCGUUUUCGCCACUAAGCAAUCGCCAAAUCAUUAAGUGUUAAGCCAUUUCAACGUGGCUAACUAUUGAUAUCGAUUCUUAUUGCGCCUGAACACAGCAGUACGCAGCAGGUCACAGUGCCGCGGCCAUGGCUCAGGCCGGCGUAAUAGCGUCCGAGCCACCGCAAACGCUUCGUUCACAAACAAAUGCAUUGUCUGGUACCCAGGGAUUUUUUCGAAAGCUCUUUGGUAGACAGAGUGGCAGUAAUACGCCAUGUAAACCUACCGAGCAGCCAAAGAGUCCCCAGCAUGAGGUCGACACGGCUGACCUUGACAAAGGCGGCUUGAUUCGCCGAAUGUCUCGAAGGGUUGUGCCUGGACUACCUCGGGCGCAGACAUUCAAGCGCCAAGUGUCGGAAAGGAGAACUAACCUAUCGCCUAUUGAGCCGACUCCAGAUGAAAGACGAGCUGUGUCUAUGGACAGACGCUCUUACAGACCACGAUCACCGUCAGCUUCGCAGCCCGCAACCAACCCUCGUGUCAGCGCCCCAAGCUUUCUCGGCUCCCCUCAGGACGAAAUACCCCGAUUUGUCCCCUCCAUAUCCGUCAAUGAUAUUACGGAUGAGCCACAUAGGGGACCUGCUGAUGGAAUACUGCACCCGGAUGAGGAGAUGACUCUUGCGGACGAGUGUCCAGCACAAGACAGCCUGUCUACUGCAGACACUCGUUCGAUAACAGCAUCCCAGUACGAAGCAAUAAUCCACGAAGAGCUCGAGAAGACAUGGAUACUGAAUCUCAGUAUGCACUUCCGAGACCGGUCAAAGAGGGAAAAGUUCUUCGUUACGUACCGUGAGCGUGAUCACCUUUGGCGGCGUGUAACGAUCUCGCUUGAUUAUCGAGAUGCGCCACCAAACUCCCUGGAAAUGGAUCUGAUCAACACGCAUUACCAACGAGAGAAGAGUGCAAAAAUUUAUGAGGCGAUCAGGGAAAGCUUGAGGGAUAUUCAAUUUUAUGACACUGUAACAAAUUUGAAGCUUCAAACAACAGAUGGAAGGCUUCAUGUGCACGUAGUUGAAGACGGCAAUGAAAUUAUACAAUAUCCUACUGUUGCCCAAAUCAAGCAUUUGGGUUGUCGCCGCAUUCGAGAAAGGGACAUCACUUUUGAGUCCCACAUGUCAGGAUUUGUUUAUAAAGUCAGUGUCAACGGCCACACACUCAUCAAAAAGGAGAUUCCAAGCCCUGAUACCAUAGACGAAUUUCUGUAUGAAAUCAACGCCCUCAAUGCUUUAAGAUCCUCACGCAAUGUCAUUCACUUUUAUGGUGUGGUUGUGGAUGACCAAGAUCAGAAUGUUAAGGGUCUUCUUAUCAACUAUGCGGAUCAAGGAGCCCUCAUCGACGUCAUCUACGAGCACUGCAAAGAUGGUGACUACGAUCUUCCUUGGGCGACGAGAGAAAAAUGGGCCCGGCAGAUCGUGGAAGGGCUGUCUGAUAUCCACGAGUCAGGGUUUGUGCAAGGAGACUUCACACUAUCAAACAUAGUUAUAGAUGGUUAUGGCGACGCAAAGAUCAUUGACAUCAACAGAAGGGGAUGUCCAGUAGGCUGGGAGCCUCCGGAGGCAACACCUCUCAUUGAGAGUAACCAGCGCAUCACUAUGUACAUCGGCGUCAAAUCGGAUCUAUACCAACUUGGAAUGGUGUUGUGGGCUUUGGCAACGCAGGAAGAUGAGCCAGAAGCGCAGGGACGACCGCUGAUACUUGGCCCCGAAGUAAAUAUCCCGGACUGGUAUCGACAAAUGGCAGAAGUUUGUUUGAGCAAUGACCCGCGCAUGCGGCUUCAGGCGUCUGCUCUGUUGGAGAUGUUCCCUCGACAAAGCGAAAGCGAAGAGACUGGACAACUGAACCCCCCUGAAUCGAUAGUUGACGAAGGCUACAUCUUGCAUCAAUAUCUGGUUGACGGAUAUCAUCCAGAAAAUCUUCCACAAAUCAGGACGGUCGAACCCCCUAACGACUGGUCUUACGUGAAUCAACCCGGUGCGGAAACAAGUCCUGUCAGAUACGAACCAUAUUACUACACGCGGGGACGCUCUCCCCCGAGCCCGUUGCCUAGUAAUUGUGAUGAAUACAAUUCGCACCGCGGCCUAUACGACAUUGGUGCCUGGGCAGCGAAUCGGAAUAUACCUUCAUCUUACAGUGAUGUGGGACCUGAAGGAACACCACUUGACGAAACGCCUACGGCCAACAAGUCAGCACUAAUCGACUCGGAUGCACUCACAGCUCCCGACUCGGCUUUGGAGAGGCACGAGACCCCAGCUACUUCGACUUCAACUCCAAGCCCAACCCGAGGUGUGGAUCUAGGAGAUGAUUUGCGUGCUAUUUCCAUUGCGAAAGUUGGCGAGGUUCAUGAAGGUCAAGGAGAAUUUGUGAGCAGCGGCAACGAGGAUAAUACAGGAAUAAUGUACAACGAAUCGGCGCCCGGCUCAACACAGUCGGGGAAUAUCACUCCUGGAGACAACGGCACAGUGAUAAGGGAUGGUGCGCAAGACACUAAGGAGGAUGCACCAGGAGAAAAAGGGAACGGGGGAAAAAGUCUUUUGUCAGCAGAAAAAGGAGAAGAUGUUGGAGGCGAAGAAAUCAAAGAGGCGCAAGCCUUGUAUCAGGAAACAGGAAACACAUUGGAGGGAUUAUCCAAGAAGAACGACAGCCAAGAGACUCAAAUGCUUCAAGAAGGGGGCAAAACAGAGGAUCAUCAGACGACGUCUGCAAACGAGAGGGACGUCUCUGAGGAGCCAAACACAAAAGCAGAACUGGAUGCGGAACCAAUCGCGGCAGAAAAGCAAGGGUCCACAGUACCUGGAACCAAUCAAGCUACAAUGGAGAAAAAGGUGAUCGCAGUGGAAGCAGACAGCCGGGAGAAUGGAAAGGUAGCCGAGGGGGUGGCCGAACGCACUGAAUCUGUACCGGAGGUUCAGAUCUCAUACUUAUUGACUCACGACGAACCGACGAAAGGAGAGAACAUGACUGACGACGUGUCCAAGGGCGCGAACUGUCCGUCCGGACUCUAAUGAAUGUCUAUGAACGACAUGCUUUGAUGAACGUUGAGUUUGGAUUCAUUUGUAUUGACUAUACUAUACUAUACUUUACUAUGUUUAUUUCAUAUGUUUCUUGUUUAGCGGGAUAUAGGCGGGCAUUUUGCAUAAUAGGGCGCAAAUAUAAAUACUGUUGAUCGAAAUCUAUGC